AUGUGUGAUGUAAAGGAUGUCGCAAAGGGUUCAUGGAUUUGGCCUAAACUCAUAAAGCUCAGGCCUAAUGCCUAUCUGGUUCUGAUUUUUAAUGUUCAUAUUGGUGUGGACACUUUUUUCUUGUUUGACGAUAUGUUACAAGUUGGCAAGUUGAUAAACAUGACCGGAGAACAUGGAAUAUGA